AUGUCGGAGCAGGAUAAGAUUAAUCACAAGAGAAAUGAGGAAAUACGCAAAAAAUCCACAAAGGAAACGCAAGAUAUCAAGGAGGAACUCCAGAAGAAAGAGCGUUUGAAAGAAGCAGCAGAAAAACGACGGGAAAGACAAAAUGAAAUAGAAGCCAGGAUGCGUGCAAUCGCAAAGAUCGAAGCCGAUAAGGAGGAAAGACGGCAGCGUGCUGCGAGAGAAAAAGCUGAGCGGGAAGGUAGGACGCCGCCACCAGCAGCUGCGGUUACAACCCCGCUUGUUCCCGCGACGUCGAAACCGGCUUCGGCGUAUACAGAAUGUAGACUACGAUUACAGACGCCGAAGGGAAAUGUUAUCAAGACGUUCCCUGUUGACACGACUUUGUUCGAGGUGGCGGCUGCACUGUCUCAGGAGGGUGACAUGGAAGUUCAAAGUUUUACGCAGAACUUCCCUUGGAAGGUGUACAAUGAGGAAUCGUUUGGGGAGACGUUGAAGGAACUUGGGCUAAUUCCUAGUGCGAACUUGAUCGUGAAAUAG